AUGUCCACCACAGAAAAAGCCACCGUCGGAGCCGGCUGCUUCUGGGGCGUCGAGCAUCUAUACCGCAAGAACUUCGGAAACGGCAAGGGUUUGCUGGAUGCGAAGGUUGGAUAUUCUGGAGGACAGACCUCUGAUCCAAACUACCGAGCUGUUUGCUCUGGCUCUACUGGCCACGCCGAAGCCCUCCAAGUCACCUUCGAUCCCUCCAUUGUGUCUUACCGCCAGCUACUUGAGUUCUUCUAUCGUAUGCACGACGCUUCAACUCCUAACCGCCAAGGUCCGGAUGUUGGUACUCAGUACCGUAGUGUGAUCUACACACAUGGCGCGGAGCAACAGAGCAUUGCGGAGGAGAUUACUAAGAAGGUUAGCGAGCAGUGGUAUAAGAAACCUGUUUCCACUGAGGUUGCGCCCGCCGGUCAGUGGUGGAAUGCCGAAGAAUAUCACCAGUUGUACUUGAACAAGAACCCUGCUGGCUAUGAGUGCCCUGCACACUUUGUGCGCGACUUCCCUCCUCUUUCGGAUUGA